AUGGCCCGCGGUGCGGAGCGAGGCCGGGGGGCCCCGGGCUGGGGACUGCGCGGCGCCGUGGCGGCCGUGGCGCUGCUCUCCGCGCUCAACGCCGCGGGCACCGUGUUCGCGCUGUGCCAGUGGCGCGGGCUGAGCGCGGCGCUGCGGGCGCUGGAGGCGCAGCGAGGCCGCGAGCAGCGCGAGGACGGCGCCCUCCGCGCCUUCCUGGCCGAGCUGAGCCGCGCGCCCCGGCGCACGAGCCCCGCGCUGCCCCCGGACCCCGCGAUCGCCGCCCGCAACAAGCGCAGCCACGGCGGCCACGGCGGCCACGGCGGCCACGGCGGGGAGGAGCCCGCACCCGCACCGCACGUCCGCGCCGAGAGCCAGGACAUGCUGAUGAUGAUGACCUACUCCAUGGUGCCGAUCCGGGUGAUGGUGGACCUCUGCAACAGCACCAAAGGCAUCUGUCUGACAGGACCACCUGGCCCACCAGGUCCUCCCGGAGUGGGUGGGUUACCAGGACACAAUGGAUCGGAUGGACUGCCUGGUCCCCAGGGCUCAAAAGGCGAAAAAGGAGCGAAUGGGAAGAGAGGAAAAAUGGGACCACCAGGAGCCACAGGAAAUCCAGGGGAAAAGGGGGAGAAGGGAGACCCUGGGGAGCUGGGCUUACCUGGAAAUGAGGGCCCUCCGGGGCAGAAGGGUGAGAAGGGAGACAAAGGAGACGUGUCCAAUGAUGUCCUGCCUGCAGGUGCCAAAGGUGACCAAGGCCCACCCGGCCCACCUGGACCUCCUGGGCCCCCCGGGCCCCCUGGGCCCCCUGGAAGGGGGAGAUCCAAAGGCCUUCGCCAGCCAAAUGUGUUCAACGGCCAGUGCCCAGGUGAGACAUGUGUCAUACCGAAUGAUGAUACCUUGGUGGGCAAAGUUGAUGAGAAAAUCGACCGCCAGCCCCCACAAGCAGAAUCCAUGAUCACAUCCAUUGGCAAUCCAACACGAGUACUGAAAGUGAAAGAGACAUUUGGAACUUGGAUCAGAGAGUGUGCUAAUAAGAGUGAUGAGCGGAUUUGGGUGACUGAACACUUUUCAGGCAUCAUGGUUAAGGAGUUCAGAGACGAGACGGCACUGCUGAAUGGCAGCUACUCGCUCAUCCACCUCCCACAUUACUUCCAUGGCUGUGGGCACGCUGUUUACAACAACUCGCUCUACUACCACAAAGGGGGCUCCAACACCAUAGUGAGAUUUGAAUUUGGCAAGGAAAUAUCCCACACUCUGAAGCUUGAAAAUGCCUUGUAUUUUGAUCGAAAAUACCUUUUUGCAAAUUCCAAGACUUACUUCAACCUGGCUGUGGAUGAGAAGGGAGUCUGGAUUAUCUAUGCUUCCAGUGUGGACGGCUCGAGCAUUCUGGUUGCACAGCUGGAAGAGAGGACAUUCUCAGUGGUACAGCACAUCAAUACCACCUACCCCAAAUCCAAAGCCGGCAAUGCCUUCGUGGCCCAAGGAAUCCUCUACGUCACCGACACCAAGGACACGAGGAUUACAUUUGCCUUUGAUUUGCUAGGAGGGAAACAGAUCAAUGCAAACUUUGCUCUAAGGACUUCCCCGUCUGUUCUCGCCAUGCUGUCCUACAACAUGAGGGACCGGCGUUUGUACUCAUGGGAAGAUGGCCAGCUAAUGCUCUAUCCUCUGCACUUUUUGUCAGCAACAUUACACCAGUGAUGUGCUGACCACCCUGCCCCUCCCCUCUAGACCCGUUACAUGUUCUCUGAGGCCCUUUCUAUCCCAACAGGAAACUUGUCUGUAGGGGGUAGCCAGGUCCUUAGAACCAGAGUCUCCUAUGUGAGUGUUUAUCUGGUCAGUGAGCCUCCUUCAAAAGCGGAUCACUUAGUAACGGAGCCACAGAUUGGGAGUUAGAAUAGCUGACGUGGUCUUUCCUCCACCAGCUACCUCUCCGGGCCCUGGAGUUCUCAUUGGUAACAGACAACCUUUGGCUGGGAUGAUUUUUUUUUUUGAGAGGUCAAAUUUUAUUUUAGGACUCUUAUUAUUUUCUAGAAAGCAGGCAUCGCUGAGUGCCUGGUGCCUUUUUCUUUCUGCUCACAGAUUGUCUGAGAUGCUUGGCAAGAUUUCCUCU